AAGGGAAGCGAGUACAAGAAUCUGGCUGAAUGCACUUUUGGGAUCAUGCUCCAUCUGGAGUUGCAAGAAGGCAAAGAGGAGAUGGGUACCAGGCAAUACAACUCUCAAUAUCCAAAGCACACAGCUCUGGUUCUUCGCAUCAUGCAAAAUUACCUCGGGAAGGGUCAUAUUCUAUACGGAGACUCAGCGUUUGCUUCACUUUCAACAGCCGUCGCGCUUCUGGAACGGAACACUUUUUUUACGGGUUUAGUCAAAACAGCGUAUUCUGGGUUCCCGAAAGCUUACCUGAAUGGUGCAGCAUGGGAGCCACACCCCCCC